CUCUAGCCAACUGAUGGUGUUGGCGCGCUAUCGGAACGCGUCAAGUGCCAUCAAGUAUACAUAGGUUGAACUCUGGAUGCUGGUGUUAAAUUUCACACGAACGCGAUCUCGGCGGAGUCUAUCUCUUGUAAAGGGCCUCCAACCAUACUCGCCUGCCACGAAUUCGACUCAAAGGUAUGGAAAAAGACCUAAAACAACAACGGCUGUAUCCGGGAAAUUCGUAUCUACCUUGAACCACCAUAAAUUAUUGCCCAGCGAUUUUCUCAGUCACCUCUCCAAUCGUUCCCAGCCUUGUGUUUGGUUGUUGAACGUAGCUAAGGAUAAGCUUAAAGAUCCUCGCUCGAAGACUCCUGGCAUUCUUCCCGCCUGCCGCUGGAGAUUCAGGUACCAUGACAUGAAUGGCAAGCCAACCCCGUUUCCUCCAAACUCAUCCGGAUUCCUCUACUAUCACCAACCCCAAGGCGCACCUCUGCUUGCUGGAGAAGUACGCUUUCGACUCACUCCAAAUAACCUCCCUGAGAGUUUUAGCCAAGGCGAAGACUGUCUUACCCCACAUGGCGACAUCUGGAAGAUUCCCCUCCUUUCUGUUCAUGGUCAUAAAGGUCAUCAGAAUAUCUAUCGACAGCUUCAGCUGGAUGGGUUUGUCUCUGAUGCAUUACAUUCAAAGCUCAAGACUGUCGCCAAGGCUUGCCCCUGUCCUCGGCAUAGCGCUAUCAUCUUGCAUUCACUGCACCAAGUAUUCCCUGUACAUUUCGCAACGUGGUUUUUGAGCCUCUUCGUAGUUGGCGACUCGACUUACCGAAGGGUUUUCCUACGCUUCCCCUUUGCAACACAAGUCAUAGGCUACAAUAGAGUGUCUCCAUUCACCAGUAAGGGUUUGGUGCGCUUUGAGCUUUCAAAGUUGCCUGAACACGCAGGAACCAGAACAGUGGUGAUGCGCGUUGUGAAACUUGUGGGAGAUCCGGGGCCUUACUUGGGGGAAGAUCGGCCACAAGAGGGGGCCCUGGUAUUGCGACACAAGCCUGCCGGCGGGAAACCCAGGGUGUUGGCUUUAACACCCGAAAAGGGUCUGAAAGGCUAUUCGCAUCCUGAUGCACUCCCUCUGCUUCUCGAAAAUACCUUUCGGGGCGAGCAUUUUAAGCCGUAGCUAUGCCUUGCCAUGUGUUCGUGCACCGUGACCGAUCUGGGCCUGCAACGAAGCUGCUUAUCAUUUGCCGUGUUUACAGACACCACUAGGGACGCUACGUCUACUCCCUUGCUUGGCCUCCUGUCCCACGUACAAUUCU